AUGUCUGUCAAGCUGCUUUGGGGGGGCUACUACACCGUUAGUAUAAGACAAGGGUUGGUGGCCGUUGUGUUGAACACAAACUUAUAUUAUGGCAGCAACAAAGUGACUGCUGACAUCAGUGAUCACGCAGGACAACUUCAGUGGUUUGAUAAGGUCUUAAAACAGGCUGCUCAAAAUGGCAAUAAGGCCUAUGUGAUUGCACAUAUUCCAACUGGUAUGCAGGGAAAAAGAGUUUUAAUGAUGAGACCACAUUUUAACAAGAGAUUGAAUGAGCUCAUCAUCAAAUACAAGAAUACAAUAGCAGCCAUGUUUUACGGUCAUCAGCACACUGACACGUUCAAGCUUUGGUACGAUCAGGGUGAACCAGUAGCGUUUGGACUGAUAGCACCAUCAAUAACACCAACCCACAACCCAGGAAUCCGGCUCUUACGAUAUGAUAGACUGACUUUCCAACUAACAGACAUUUGGCAGUAUUACCUGGAAUUGCCUGAUGCAAAUAGCAAGUCCAAGGCUCAGUGGAAACUACAAUACAAAUUCAGUGAGGCAUAUGGCGUUCACGAAAUUUCCUCCACCUCACUGGCGCAGUUGGUGUCCAAUUUGGAGAAGAAGACCGAUGUUUUCAUGAAGUAUUUCCGUUAUAACAUAGUCAGUGCUAAAGGCGAAAGUGUUCCUACAUCCUGUGACACCAAUUGUCGGCGACUUUAUAUCUGUUCUAUUAAAGAAGUAGACGUUGAUGGAUAUAAUAAAUGUGUUAAACCUGUGACCAGUAAUGGCUUCAGGCAUCGGGGAAAUCUUCCCUGGAGUUUUUAUUUUCUUUUUACUACGAUAAUUGUCUCCGGGAGCAUCAGUAAAAAUCAAUUUUUGUAGUUGUCCCGGAAAUGAUAGUUAUAAGGUUUGCCUUCCUUUUAAGAUAAUAUGAAAUAGCCUUUGAAAUGUAAUUGUUUACGAAAAUAACGAAUGGCAAAUAAUAAACACACGCAACUUUAUUAUUUUUAAGACUUCAUAAUUAUUAUUUCAUUAUAGUUUAUUCAUAACAAAAAAUAUAUUUCAGGGCCCAGCAACAACUGUACGUAUGAGGCCAAUAUGGAUUCAUUUCAAACAGACAUUAAUGUUCAUUAUUUAGAAAUAAAAUGACAUUAGAUUUAUUUUUGUUAUGCCAAAUGCUUUACGCA